AGUGCUGAACUCUUCUCGCAUUAAAAAUCGAAGGCAAAGUACCGCAGGAGGGGAGGGUAGAGAGGGGCUCUUCUGUGUGACCACGGGUUGGAGUAAACGGCACUAGUGCUGUGAGCGCUGAUUUGAAGUGAAGACAAAAAAAAAAAAUCCCAAUCUAUACGGACUAAGCUAUCGUGUGGAUGUGUUGGUAUGGCUCGGUAGGUUACGACGGCGUGGUGAUUUCUCCCAGCAACAGCAUGUCGUCCAUGGGGAGCGCCACCACGUUCGGUACCGGCGGACGGACUCCCGUUGGCGAUAGGCCAGCCCUCAAGGCCCAGACCUCCUUUUUCACGCAGACCUUUGCGGAGCCACUGGAGGAGACCUCCACGGAUGCCGGUGGUCGCGGAGGGCUGAUGGCGAAGCAUCUGGAGGAGAUCGCGUCGGGGAAGGGGGCGGCCGCGGCGUCAUCAUCGACUGCCGAAGAGAAGAACACGCGCCGCUCGCUUAUCGAAACCAAACCUCAAGGAGAAGGAACGGGCGGGGAAAAGUCACCGUUCCUGUCUCCGACGGCCCCGGCCGCCCCCGGUGCGGCCACGGGCGCGGCCUCGCCGUCCGCCGAGCCCGUCGCUUCCGCUCCUUCACCUCCCACGCCGGCCGCGGCGCCAGUGGCAGCGGCGGGGCGAGACGCGCAGGCAGAGCGGCCCAUGUACGGCCGCUCUUCUUCUAAGCGUUGGCCGCCCAGGGCCCCAAAAUCCGCCCCGUCAGUGCCCGCCGCCGAAGCGUCAGCUCCAGAGCCAACGCAGGCCGAGCCAUCGGCAAAGGUUCAGCCAACAGCAAGCACAGCGGACGAGGAGAAAGAGGAGACGGGAAGGGCGGCUCCACGAGACAGUUUCUUCGCCCCUGUUCCACAAGAGAUCAACUCGGUGCACGCAGCCGUCGAGAGCGGCGCCCCCGCGGCCGUGCCGGCGGUUCUCGUGCACAUGGACCACGAGGCGGCCGUGUUUGAGCUGACGGCGAGAAACUGCAGCGGUCUGCGCGACGCCAGCAGCAUCGGCACCGGCAACGUCUACGGCAACAGCAGUGGUGACGACGACGCGGAGCUAGAGACCGUCAUCAUGCUUGCCGCCCUCAGCGGAAACCUGGACAUGUUCCACACCGUUCUCGAGGCAAUGAAAGAGAAGCUGCCGACAGCAAAACAGGUCGACGACAUGAUCGGGAUGACAGAUGAGGGGAGGUCCCUGGUGGUGGCGGCGGCGGAGGGGGGCAGCCUGGAGAUCUUCGAGGAAGUCCUGGGCCUCCUGGGAGGGAAGGAGGCGGCGGCUGGGAACAUGUCAACCCUGGAGGCAGGCUGUCUCAUCAAGAUGGCCGCGAGGAGCGGAAGCAUCGAGGUUUUCAGCACCGUUCGGGACAUGCUUGCCGAGGACGGGAAGAUUGUUCACUCGAUGAAGGCGGCGGCGAACAGCGGAGCGCGUUGGGUGAACGUGUUCGUAGAGGCGGCGGGAAGUGGCAGCGGGGAGAUGGUCGACGCCGUCGUGGCGGUCAUGGUAGAGGUCCUCCCGAGGGAUUCGGUGAUGGACACAAUCACAGCUUGCAAAGGGCCGUGGCGGACGACGGCUCUCAUGGCCGCCGCCGAGAGCAGGAGCACCGCAUCCGUAAAAGCCGUCAUGAACGCGAUUUCCGCAAUCGAUGACAGCACCAGCGAUGGCGACGACGAGAACUUCGACAACAUGCGCCUCACGGGAGAGCCUCCGAGCCCUUUCUCGGCGGACUCUCUCUCGCAUUCUAAGGCUUCAGCCGGUCGUGGGGCGCCGACGAUCAAGACAGACGGUCUUGGCCCGAACUGGGCCUCGUGGAAGGACAGGAGCCUCGCCGGGACAUUGAAACGCUGGGACUCCAUAGCGAGCAUGCGUUCGCCGCCCCCCCCGAACCCGCAGUAUCUGAGGGAGAGAAUGAUCGUGGCGAAGAACGUGCGGGGCCACACUGCGCUAACUUGUGCCGCCAACAGCGGGGUCCUCGACAACGUCGUGAUCGUCUCGGAAGCGAUGGGAAAGUUCCUGUCUGCUUACCAGAUGACGGACGCCUUGAGCUCAUCGCUCUCCACGGGCUGCAACAACCUCUCGCUUCCGGUGGAAGACGCGAGGUUGAGCGUGCUGGCCUACCUUCUUCAGCACGGCGCCAAGCCCACCAACAAGGGGCUCCUCCGACUCUGCAACUUGGUCAAGUUUCCCCGACUGAAGGAAAGCCUGUUGGGAGCCAUCUCCUCGGCGGACAACCCGUUCAUCCCUGGCAUGAACCUGUCCGUCGCAUGCACGAUGGCGACCAGGCGUGCCAUGGAAGGAGAAAAACGCCGUCUCGCUUCGAUGCAGGCUGCCAUUGACGAGCUUCUGCUCGAGGUUCUAGAGCACAUGCCUCAGACAGUCAAGGGGUUCAAAGGCGAGAUGAGAGACUGCUCCGCCAUCUUCGAGCCCGAGACCGUUAUCUCCCGAUUCCAUGGCUAUCAGGGGCCCUUGCACGUCGUGCUGAGCAAGAGGCAGCAGAUGGAGACGUAUUGCACGAUCCCGUUGGUCCUAGACUUCAUGAGCAGGAAGUUCACGAAGGGACUGCCUAGCCUGAGGGACACGGAGGGGGUGCUGCUCAACAACACGAGCUUCACGGAGCCCGGGCAGACCCUGUACGGGGAUGGUUUGCUCGCGGAGGGCAGGGUUUUCUUCUUCGGAAUGGCUCUGCAGAGAAGCUACGCGGGGGGGACGCUGUCGAGUAUCACCUACUUUCCGGGAGCAAGGUUUAUCAUUGCCGGGCUUCUGUCCAGGCCGGGCAGCUACUACAAGGUUCCUGCCCUUCGAAUGUGCUUGGACCUCGUGACGUACAUCUUGAUGAUGAUCAUCUUUGGGGGGUUUGUCAUUCUGCACGAUGCGGGCGACACCUUCGACUGGAUGGAGAUCGUCUUCACCAUGUACAUUUUCGGAGGCAUCCUGACCGAGUUCCGGGAGAUUCUUGACGACCCCUGGGAAUACAUGCGGGACCAGUGGAACCUGCUUGACGUGGCCUCCCUCACCUUGCUCCUUGGCGGGGUGAUCCAGCGAAUGUACGGACAAGUCGACGACCAGUCCUCCCGGGCCUUGUAUGCCCUCAGCGCGCCCCUGGCGUUCGCCAGGAUCCUGUUCUUCGUGCAGAUCCUUCCCUCGCAAGGGCCGAUAAUACAGGUAAUGUUUUCGAUGACGGGCCUUCUGGCCAAGUUCGGGAUGAUCAUGCUGCUUGUGAUGCUGGGCUUCGUGACGUCCUUCUACAGUCUGUACAAAGAAACCACCACCUAUGGCGUGGUAUGGAAGGCCAUCUUCAGGGCGACGCUGGGCGAAACGGACUACUUCGACGACUUCUCGGGGACCACGUUCGACGGCGUGGCCACCGCCCUCCUGGUCGUCUACCUCGUUCUGCUUACCAUCAUGAUGCUCAACCUCCUUGUGGCGGUGCUGUCGACGGCACACGCCAAGGUCGACGCGGACGCCGGCCUCGAGUACAAGGCACCGGUCGUGGUCUGGCAAACCUCGGGGGACAAGAGUCGCGGCGGAAGGAUCGCCAGGAUGCUGCUCGUGAUCUUCGCUUGUGCGGUGGGAGCACCCUUCUGGCACCUGGUCAUGUGGGUGCGAGGCGGCGUGGCUGGCGUGAGGAGGACCAUGCGUGCUCUGGGCUGUUGCUGCUGCUGCGGGAGGGGGCGCGGGGGCGGGGCGAAGCGGGUCGGCGGAAGGACGCCGACCGCAUCGAUGACGGUGCGUGGCUUUCCCGCGACGACCGUGGCCGAAGGAGCAGAACAUGAUAUGGAGAAGGUGGUGCCGAUCGUGCUGCAGGAGGCAGAUGGGGCUCUGGCCACCAGCGAGCUCCAGAUCUUUCUCGACGACCCCAUGAGCGACCCGGCCGUGCGCCGAGACGAGGAGACGAGGGCAACUACGGUGGAGCACAUCAAGCUGCUCAGAAACCGCCUGGAGGCCACGACCAAGGAGCACAUGGACGGGCUGCAGGCCUACCUCCUCAAGACCGCGGGAGAUAUCUCCCGCCAGCUGGAGGAGUCGGGUGCGGGGGGGCGUGGGUCCCAUGGCGGUGGUGGUGGUGGUGCUGCCGCCGCCGCCCGGGGUCGGGUAGGUGCCGCACCCCAAGACGAAGAUGACGACGAAAAUCGCGACGUGGGCGGAUGGGAGGCCGGGAGCCGGGGCGCGGAGGAGCUGAGGCAGAUCGUUGGCGCGAGGUUUAGCGAGCUCGACGCAAGCCUCGAAGCAAGGGAGGGCGCGCUACAAGAGAGGAUGGGGACCAUGAUUGACGAGCGAUUGGGCGCCCUGACGAAGAAGCUAGACCUUGUCCUCAGCGCGCGGGAAACCGGGGCGCCGUAG